UUCUGGUUUCUUUGGCUGUAGAACUUUUUUCUUGGAAUACCUGAAGGUGUCUUCAAGGCUGAUUGUCACGAAAAGUAAUGUUCAUACUUACACCUGGAAGGAGAAAAUGGAACUGUUUUGUUUGCCAUUAACAUUCCAUUAUGGAUAAUUCGGGCAUUCCUUUAACUAUUGGAUUGUCUUGGAGAUGAGUGAAUGGAUGAGUUAUAAAGAAAUCCGUAAAAUCAUCCGAUAAUCUUUUAUUGAAUUGAUUUAAAAUUGCUUUCAUGAGAACUUUAGGUUUUUAGACUUUUAACUCGACUGCUAUCUAUAUACAAUGAAGAAGUUUAUUACAGCGAAUCAAAUGCAGGUUAUUCUUCAGCCUGUGUCCUCCCCCGAAGGAAGCUCUGUUAUUGUGGAGACCACUUCUGGAGCAACUGUUGCAUCUCUCAUCUCUUCAUUUUGCACUCAGAGAGGAAUACCGUUCAAUUCUUCAUUGGAAAUAUUUGACGAAAAGAAGAGGCCUCUACCCCAGUUCAGCACCCUUUUAUCUCUAGGAAUCACUAAUGGCCAAAAACUUCUCAUAGGCUAUAGAGAUAAUUCAUUUACAUUGAAACAAUGGCCUCUUCUUGUGGCUCUGGGAGCUUUAAUCAUAGGUGUCGUAGGCAUUCUCACUAUUUCAAUGGUGUAUGGAUUGACUGGUGGGAAAUUUCCUGAUGAUUAUGGUGUUGUAAUGGACGCAGGCUCGUCGAAAACGAAUACUAUUGCUUAUAAAUGGCAAGGUAAUAAACAAAAGGGCACUGGGUGCGUGUCACAGGAUACAACAUGUCUGGCAAAAGGUGGAAUAGCUGAAAUGGACCCUAUGAAGCUAGAUCCCGUAAUCGAUUGUGCCAAAAAUGUAACAAAACACAUCGAUGAAAGAGCUCGUCCCAAAACCCCAUUAUACUUCGCUGCUACAGCUGGGAUGAGAUUACUUAAAUUAGCCAAUGAGACUCGAGCUAACGAAAUUUUAGAUCAUUUGAGGAAUGAACUGAAUGAAACAGGAUUGUCAGUGAAAGCUAUACAAAUCAUUACAGGUGAAGAUGAAGGAGUGUACGGAUGGAUAACUGCUAAUUUUCUUGAACAAACUUUAGAGAUACCUCAGAAAACCGAUCCUUGGGAUCCUACAACAUUGGGAGCUUUGGAUAUGGGAGGAGCUUCAAUGCAAAUUGCCUACGCUUUGCCUGAGUAUAUUAGCGGAACAAAAAAUAUUAAACAAAUGAAAUUGUACGGCCAAACCCACAAUGUAUUUUCUCAUAGCAACUUAUGUUUUGGGAGAGAUGAAGCUCAGAGAAGACUUAGAUAUCUUUUAGUAAAGGACAUAACCCAGACCGAGAUUGAAGAUCCGUGUUUUCCUCGGGGAGCAACGUAUGAGAUAAAAGGAUCCGAUUUAUUUAGACGACCUUGUACCAACAGUACAAGAUUUCCUAAAAUACCUGAUGAUCUCCUGAAAACGAAUUAUACCUUCAAAGGAACAAGUUCUCCCAAUGAAUGCAAGACCGCCGUUGCCAACUUAGUAAACACCGAUUUAUGCAAUAAGACUGGAUUCAAGGAAUGCUUUAAAAAACUUGAUAAUAUUCCUGAUAAUCAAAAAUACUUGGCUUUUGCGACAUACUACUUUUUGACUGAUUUCUUGAAUGUAACGAAAGCUCCCCUAUCAGAAUAUGAGAAAGCUAUGCAAGAAUUUUGCCUUAAAGACGUAGAUGAGGUGACAAAUAUAUCAACGAGUGAAUUUGCAUUAGAUCAUUGUUUCAAUGCCAAAUAUAUACAUGAAGUUUUAAUUAAUGGAUUUGGUUUUAAAAACACUACGUGGGGAAAUCUCCAGUUUGUUAAAAAUCUUCAAGGCAAAGACGUUGGAUGGACGUUAGGUUACAUGAUCUAUGCUACAAAUUUCAUUCCAGAAAAAGCAAAGACACCAAGAGCAAUAUCUGCAACUGGUUUAGCAGUAUCUUUAGUUUUGUUUAUAUUUGUCAUAAUCGGAACAUUAUUGUUUAUUCUUCAUUCUCAUCGAAAAGGAAAUAGCAAUAAAUCUCUGUAUGGUCAGGCUUAAGGAAGUAAACUGUUAUCUUCGAAUUUAAAAACUGUGCAACUAAAUUUAGAGAUAUAUUUUAUGAUCAAAUAAUGAAGAAUUUUAAACAUUUAUCUUUCAAUAAAACAUGUAAAGCCAUCUAUAAAAAAAUAGUAGUUAAAAAAGCAAGCACUUUCCAAAAGGCAAUGUUUUUGCAUACAUUUGUUCCCAAUUUCAAUAUAUAUUUAUACAUUUCUUGAGCUGGUAAACUUGUACAUGUUCAAUGGUACACAACUUUUGGAAGCUUGUACAUGUUCAAUGAGUUUGUAAGCAUUACAAAAUUGUGAGAACCAUGUUUUUUAUUUUCGAGUUUAUAUUUUAGCGAUAAAUUAAUUUUAAAAAAAAUUGGACCAUCAGCAUUUGAAAGCAGCAUGUAUUAAAAUUAUUAUUUUUACAAAUAUAAAGACAUUUAAACAUGUAAACUGCAUAUAUAUCUUUACAUUCGUGAAAACCACUUGCUAUUUAACUUACAUUAUUUAUCGCGCUAAAGCGAAAUUUAUAAUCAUGAAGAUUAAAAGCAGUCAAAAGUACAUGUUUUCAGAAGAUUUAUAAAUAAAAUUGUCAUUUCUUUUUCCCGAUGAAGUGAAUAUAAAAUAUACAUCACUAGUAGCAGAAGUAUGCAGAGAAUGUGUUUAAACGAAGCACGACUUGAUCUCUUCACUGUAAAUAUAGACCUUUUCAAUGUAAAAUAUUAUAGAAGCAUCUGUACCAUUUGUAAUUAAAUGCAUAUUAAAGUUUCUUUGAAAAUAA